UGUUAAGCGAACGUUUUCGUCGAAGCUGUUUCCCGUGUACUUGCUAGUACAUCUGUGUGAUAUUUCAUUAUUUGUUUCGUGGAUUUUCAUUUCGGAUGCCUUUAUUUUCAAGCCUUGCCAUGUAGAAGUUUUACGGGGAUAAAGAAAACGCUAGAAUGAAUCACAUAUGUGAGCUGUUCGAGAAGCUCAAACUUGAUGUUGGAGAAACGAAAAAACUCGAUUUGGGAGUUGUCGAUUCCAUAUUCAGCGCACUACAAAAAAAGAACGGUAAGAUAAUUUUCCCGUUUUGCUGAGAUGGAAAGUUCUAUCAACUGUACGAUCAGAGCGCGUAAUUUUUAGUAGAGAACGCCAGUGUGUUUUUAUUUAGGAAUGUUUUGAAAUGUCAACGCCUAUACAUCCACUUUGUGGGGUGGGGUAGGGUGGGGUUGAUGUUCUGUUUGCAAAGUGAUUCUGUUAUAAUUAUUUUAUCUGUAGAGAGGUUUGAUGAGGCAGCAAUUAAACGUAUCCUUGACAAUGUCGUCGCAUUGCUGGAAGUUGAUGAACCUGAAGGCAAAGCAAAGGUGUUAAUGCUUAUUGCUGAGAUUGCAAAAUCAGGUAAUUCAGAGAGAAAUAAGUCAAGUUAACCCUUUAACUCCCAAUGUCUGAUUGUUAAUUCUCCCCAUUUGCUGCUACAAACUUCCUUGUAAAUUAGUUACAAGAAUGUGGUGUUAGCUCAGAUAACAACUUCUGCCUGAUAAGUUUGACUGCUCUCAUUUCCUGUUUGCUAGAUAGUGUAUGAAUAUUAUAAAGAGAAGUUACAUGUUAAUCAUAACUGGGAGUUAAAGGGUUAGGAGAGAGAUCAGGGAAUGAGCCAUGUCCAAAUAAAGAGGAAGAGAAGCUGGUUUAUGUGCUGUCGCAGUUUUACCAUUGGGUCAUUGCUUUGUGUUCUUGGAUAGGUUCUUGGAUAAUUAAGUUCUUGGACCACCUGGAUAAUGAGAGGAAGAAAAUAAUCAUUAAACCAGGGUGUGUGGAUUUGAUAAAACACUAAACUCUUUUUUGAUCUUGGUAGUGAAAAGGGUUCAUGGCUUUCAUAGCAGAAAUGAUGGUCAGUCAAUGUCUGACUUGAGGUUUUCAAUUACAACUAAAUGCCCAUGUAAAUGAGAAUGUUGGCUGGAGUGAACCUGAUAAAAUGUUGUGUUUCAAUUUUUAUUUUUAGAAGAAACAAGAGUUCCUUGUGUAAAUGCAGGAUUGAUAAUUAGCAUUUUAUCAAAUCUUGAAAGUGAUGAUCCAAAUAUUUUACUACAAGCUUUAAGAGCUCUUGGAAAUAUCAGUGCUGAAAAUGGUAGGUGAAGUUUGGCAGAAAUAUGACCCCAUACCAUAUAAUAAAUUUAGUAAUAACCAAUAACUGCUGAUAGAUGAUUGCUUACUUUGGGAUUGUAAUUGCAAGAAGCACACAAUUCACUCUAACUUGCUUUUAAUUAUCAUUUUAUAGUUUUGUUUCUUAGAAGAAUAAAAAAUUCCCAUUUAUUUAGUGAAGCUUUGGAAUAAUGUUGAGUUGUUGAGCGAGAGCCCUGAACCAGAAAAUCCUCUUUUUCUAAUUCCCAAUUGUUUCUCUGUGUGUAAACUCUGAGAAUUGAGUGGAAAUCAAGAAAUCUCAUUGUUGAUUAUAAUUAACUUCAACAAAGUAAUGAUGUCAUUAUGUCUUAUUAUGUCAUGAUGGGUAGUGGCACCUUAGCAGAAAGUAAUGCUCCUCUCUUGGAAUCCAGGAGACACAACACUGUUCCCUAUUUAUAUGUGAAUUCUUUUGUGGCUACAAGUUUUGUCCCCAACCUUCCAAAAUAUUAUGAGAAUUUACGAAAGGUUGAACUCUUUCACUCCCAAGAGUGACCAGAAAGAAUUUCACCCAACAUUAUUGAUACAUUUUACAAACAGAGAGGUUAUGGGAAAAGGUGAAAAAUAUUAACUUGAGGAUAUUAAUGUAUUUCUUAUAGAACAAGCAAAGGCUACUUUGCUGGAAAACAAAGGAGCAGAGAAGAUUGUAAAGAAGUUAGGAGUUCUUGAGAAAAGCUUUGAUGAGAAGAGUGACAACAGACUUGAGUUGGCAGCAUGUGGAUCCAUGCUUAAUGUAGCAAGUGACGAUGGUAUUUCUCCAAUAUUCUCCCACAAUAUGCCAUUUUAUAGUAGUGUGCUUAGUUGCCAGGCCUUUGAUUUGGAGUGAGGCUGAAGGUGACCUUGUUGUGAUAGAGACCAGUAUCUAGUUAACAUGAUAACAAAGUAAUUUACAUUUGAAAAGCAACAAGGUUUGCAUCAUUACGUGGUCAACCUUUGCCCCACUCCUGUUCAAAGGCUUGCUAACCAAGCACACAACUGUAAAAUAGACAAUUAUGAGGGUCUACAGACUGGGAGAUGUGGUGGCCUGAUGGUUAGUGCUCAGGACUUCUGGUUGAGAGGCUUGGUUGUGAGGCCUGGGUUAAACACCUUGCCAGGUCUUUGUGCUUUGUUCUUGCCAAAACACUUUACUUUCACAGUACCUCUGACUCCUCCCAGGAGUAUUAAUUGGUACGGGUGUAUUGUUGGGGAAGCCUGAUACAAUGAGGGGGAUAACCUUACAAUAGACUGGCAUCCCAUCCAGGGUUGGGGGGGGGAGGGAGUGUGAUUAGCUCCUGGUUAACAAGUUUUGACUACAACCUAACCUAGUUACAGAUGUUUGUAUAUCAUCUCAGUACUGAAGUUGGAUAUUGACUUAACUUACUGUUGCAGAAGCACUAACAGCAGAAGCAGUUUCAUUUGGGGCAGUGCCAUUUUUAUUGAGCUUUAUUAAACAGAGUCUCCAGUGUAACCCAGCUCUCUGUCAGAUGGCGUUAUCAGCUGUGUCUGUGCUCAUAUGUUCAGGUAAUGGAACAAAUUACUGAACUCUUUACCCUUUGACCUCUAAGAGUGACUUGAAUCUAAUUUCUCCUCAUGAUAUCACCCUGAAUCACAAAUUGAGGUUGUGAGAAUAUAGGAAAUCAUCAAUUAUUAAAACAAAGUUUAGCCGUUGUUGAACAAAACUGCAUUCUAAGCCACCUUUAGUUUAGUGGAACCUUUUUCACUACACAUUUAUUUUUGUGGGUCAAAAGCCAAUAGUGGAAAGACAUUUUUGAAAUCAACCCUUUUUUUACAGAGAAUACCAGAGGCUCACUGCUUGUGUAGAAGUGCAGUUUGGGUUAGAUCUUGUGUAAAUAACUGGCAUUUGAUUUUUAAACACAUUCUCCUUCUCAGCUUGUUAGUCCUAAAGGUAACCCUUUAACUCCAAGAUCAGAUUUGUAAUUCUCCUUACUGUCAACCAUGCGAUUUUUAUAAUGUUAGUUCAGAGAAUUUAGUAUUGAAUCAACUAAUUAUUCCCAAAUUGAUAUUUUUCUUUAUUCUCAUCACUCAUCUGGUUGAUAUUGUAUUGAUUUUGUAAGGAGAAAUUCUGUCUUGGUCAACCAUGGGAGUUAAAGGGUUAAGCUGCUAGAUAAUAGAUUUUGUUUGUUUGGCUUGACUUUUCUGGUAAGAAUGUAACCCAGCAAUACCUGUUUAAAAGGCAUAUGAUUCAUGCAAAUGAGGCAAAUGACAUGGCUAAUUUACAGAUUUUUUUGGUAAUUCUCUCUUUACAUUUAUUUGCUUUGUUGUAAUUGGAUUAAACUGCAAAGCUACCGAAAGUGAUUUAUUGGCUCAUAUUUGGUUUGCUCUCUCUUUUGGCCUUAUUUCGAUGAUAAGGAUUUAACUGUAUAGUGUUGUUUACAUAUGAACUAACAGAGAAAGGAAAAGAGAGCUUUACAGAGAGUGAGGGCGUGGCUACUUUAUCAAAGGUGAUGCAAGAGUCUGAUGAUGAUGAAUUGGUGGACUCUGUGCUUGAAAUAUUCACUUCUCUCAUCACAGAUGGUGAGUAUAGCUUUAAAUUAAACAAGACGCUUCGGGGAGGGGGUUGGGGUCAAUGUGGGCUGGGUUGUUUGUUACCUUCAGUCAUUCUGGUUAUACUUGGAAAAUAAUAAAUUUAAUUUUGACUCCAUAUUAGCCUCCUAGGUUGACCUUCUUUUGGCCUGUCAUGUUAGCUUUUUUUGUGACGAGCCAAAAAAGGCUAUAAAAAAAAUUGAAUAAAAGGAAAAAAAAAAAUAAGAAAGUCAGAAAUGUGGGAUUUUAUGUGCAGUCACCCAUCCAAAUAGUAACCCUUGCCAAUAGGGCUUAACUUAGAACGUGGCUAAUUUCCAUAUCUGACUAUGACAACACUUAAAUGAAUUUGUACAUGUAAGGUGGUCUACCAUGGGUAUCCUGGGUCAUGACCCAUGACCUUUAUCUCCUUAUACAAAACAGAGAAAUUUCAAAAGCAAAUAAUUGAGAUAUUUUUUUAAUUAAAAGUAAUUUUCCUCUAGACAAUGUGAAGAAGGUGCUGGUCCAAGAAGGAUUUGCAGAACAGUUGGCUAAUGUGGUGUCAACUUGCAAAGAUGCAACAGGAGAUGAGAUUUUGAAGCAAAGGACACAGUCUGCAGCUGACAUGAUAGUGAUGCUGCUUACUGAAGGUCAGUACUUAAUUUUUAUACUUCUUCAGUUAUUUAUUGUUGGUUUGUGUUUUAUUUUGCAAUUGGAACUUUUUGCAAACAAGUAUUUCCUGGGGGGAAAAGUUGCCAAGAGGUUCAGGGCUUCAUCAACCCUUUAACUCCCAAGAUCUCAUUAGUAAUUCUUCUUCCUGUUUCCUGUUCAAUUUGUAUGAUGUUAGUUUGGAGAAUUUGGAAUUGGAUCAACAAAUAAUCCCCUAAUGGAUGUUUUCCUUUAUUCUCAUCACUUGUCUGCUUGAUAUUUUACUGAUAGUGUAAGGAGAAAUUCUUUCUUGGUCACUGGCAUGUCUUAAAGGGUUAAGAAAUGAAACUACACUUCCCCUUUGAGUGGGUACACCUAUGUUGUUUUAUAGUUCAUUUAUUCCUUAAACUGAAGCCAAAUUGACAAAUGUCUUCUAUUUACAGAUGAUAGCAUGAAAGGACCUUCAUGAUUGUUUAUAGUUCAUUUAUUCCUUUAAACUGAAGGGUCCAACAUGUUUAAAAGAAUUUGUUGAAUGACUUUGGCUCUGACCUUUUCAGUGAGUUCAUUUGAUCAGAUGAUAGUUUGAAGACCCCAACCAGAAAGGACUCUUUUUUAGUGAUGGCAAUGGUUCUGUCUAAAAUUUACUUAAAAGACCUCAGUUUCUUGGAUUCUAGAGUAAAUGUGAAUUCCUGUGUUUUUAAUUUCUAAAUCAAAUUUAAACACCCCUUCCAAAAAUUUCUUGAUCUGUUUCUGUGAUCAUACAUUUCUUUGUUGGCUAGUGAAGAGAAUUUGGAUAUUCAUCUAGUCUGUGGCAGAAGGGAAGAAGAGAGUUGGGAUGCAAAAAGUAAGCUUUCCAUCACUGCAUAAACCUUUUGUAGUGGAGUGAGGAAAGGGAGGGGAGGGAGAGGGGAAGUUAGGGGUGGGGUGGUGUGGGUUGGGCUGGGCUGAGGAUCAAAUUGUGAUAUUUAAUUGUGAUCUUAACCUUUAAAAUUACACCCCACAGAUGAAAAUUGUAUCAAACUUGUGGAACAAGGAGUCCAUGAAAAAUUACUGAAUUUGCUGGCACGGAGUUCUCACCGAGAGGUAAUAAUACAAAGUAACGUCUCAAAUGCUAGAACGUCUCAAUUUUAAGAUUUGUGUUUUUGACUUAAAGGGGAGGGGUGUUGGGGCAAAGACGCUCCAGAACCUAUGAAUUUUAAGAUUUUUAUGUUAUUAACUUAAAGGGGAGAUGGGAGAGGGGAGGCGGGGGGGGGACGUUGGGCAAAGACACUUCAGAAUCUCUCCUAUCCAUGCCCCUGUGAAGCACAGUACAGAGCUGCCAAAGCGGUAUGUGGGAGGCAUGGGCUCUAUUCCUAUUUAGGAAGGAAUCUUUACAAAACUUUUCUCUAUUAACGUAAAGUGAUCGGUAAUGUCAUUGUUUUUUUUGUUUAUUUGUUGGUUUUUUUCUCUCCUUUUUUUCUAAGAACAUGGGAAGACAACUACAAGCUGUUUUUAGUGCGCUAAAGAAUCUUGCAAUGCCAGGUAAAUUUAACACUUAUUUUUUUCAACAAAAGGCACAUUUGUAAGACGUGAGGAUUAUUGACGUGUUCAUCAGUUUUAACAACGCUCCCGAUUUAACAUUUAUUGAGAAUGAUUUUGUCAACUAAAAGAAUUUUAGAAAUGUUGAAAAAUCAAUUUUAUUAAGAGAAACAGUUAGGAAUCAAUUUUAUCUAUAAAACAGUUAGCUGAAAGUCAUGCCUGAAGGCUGUUAUGAGAUUAAAGCAUUUUGACCGACAAGACCUAUACGCAAGCUAACAGAGUUCAAUUGCCACAUUUUAUUGGUGUCACUCUCUUUUAACCGUUAUAAUCUUGGUCCAACACUCAAACUGUUUUUAUUUUUUGUUUCUUUUUUACUGUAGCUGUGAACAAGUCUAAACUCGUUGAUAGCGGCUGCCUGGAUGUAAUUCUGCCUCUUCUCACGAACCAGUCCCCUUUCGUCCAGUUCAAAGUUCUUGGCACAUUGCGCAUGCUCCUGAUGGGACACGGUAAGAACUUGAAACAAAGCACAUGUUCACUUUCCUUCCUUUUAAGUCAGUCUUCUCGCAUUAGCAUGGUAUUCUUCUGAGCAUGCGUAAAUUAAUCAGGUACGUGACAUACGCCGAUGUCAUGCAACGUGGACGUCAUGUCUACACCCGCGCUCUGUCCACGUGAAGCAGUGUCGGUGUAGUUGCGCUCAAGUGCAACGAGCACUUUUUGAAAUCAUAAAUUCCCCCUUCUCCCCGUAUGUCUCAGCUCGUAACCUUGCAGCAUGUGAAAACCUCGUCUAGAGUCAGUAUUUUACAUCCAUGUUUACUAUUUUUGGGUGUGUGCGUAACUGAAUUUAAAUUUGAAUAAAGUAAGGGAUCAAUAUCAGUAUCUGGGCAACUGCCCACCUACCCCUCCCCUAACUUAACAACAGUCAAUUGAUAACAAGUCAGUGUUAAUGUUGGGUUAGGGGAGGGGUAGGUGGGCAGUUGCCCAGGUACUGAUAUUGAUCUAGGGAAGGCCUAUUAGAAAAACUUCCCAUCUGGAAUUUUUACAGCAAAUGCAGUUAGCAUUAAAACGGUAUUAGUAGAGACAGAUUGUGACAUUUUUUUUUGAGUUACAGCUGACGCGGCCAGUAAGAUCAUUAGCAGUAAAGACCACCUUAGUACUUUAGUCCGAUGUUGUGACUCCAGUGGUCACGAGGGAGUCAAAGCAGAAGCUAGCAGAAUGUUGGCGAUGAUGGCAAAACAGGCCAGAACGGCAGGUGAGUUAGGGUUAGGGUUUGGACCACAGUUAUUCCCAAGGGAUAAAACAAGAAUCAGUGUUCUUCCACACACCGGUCGGUUCUUCUAACAAGUAAUCAAAAUCCCAAUUCGAUUGUGAGACGUAAAAUCAAAGAAAUCGGAGCGGCCAAUUAGCGGAAUUAAAAGUAUCACAUGGUCCAAAUGAAUCAAGUAAAUAAACGUGAAUUGCCUGAAACGCGUGAAAAUGCGAUUGGCCGAGUCGCGAUCCUGGAUCUGAUUGGUUGAAAGAGUAGGGUAAGUUCUCAACUCUAAUGCGGGUAACCUAGUAUUAUCAACUGAAUUGAUAACGUAAAUUGGCCACCGUAAAGAGUUUAAAAGCUGACGUUUUCGAGCGUUAGCCCUUCGUCAGAGCGAUUGGAGGAAAUGUGGGUUGUGUGCAUGUUUAUAUGCAGAAAAUGGGGCUACGCUAUUGGUGGAGAUAUGGUGACGAGAAAACAAGAAUGAAUUAGUUGAAUGAAAAGCACUCGUUGAUAUCGUGGGGAAUAAGAGUGCCGUUUUGGAAUUUAAUUUAACGGAAAAUCGGGCUUUUUCGACGCUCAAGUAAAAGUUGCGCCACACCAUAAACAUCAUGUUUUCAUAUGUGGCCCUCAACCAGUUAUGCGUCCUGCAUUUUGCCGGUAUAAUCUCUAAUACCAUUCUGUCUUUCCCUUCAACACUACAGAGGUGUCACAACAAAUAAUAAAAUGCGGAGGACUGGCUCCUAUCGUAACCAUGGUAACGUCAGAACAUCCUAUCAUGCAGAACGAAGCACUGAUUGCUUUGGCGGUGAUGUCAACAACUGUGGAUGGUGCGAAUUUCUGUCCUUUUCAUAGUUUGUCGAGUGUUGUCAACUCUUAGGUUUCCUCGCAUUAUCAUUACGCAUUCUUGAACCAUCUGUUGCAAACUAUUUUCAAUCUCCUAUCAAAUUCCAAGAGCUACAAAGUGAAGAAGUGUACAGCCAACGUAUUUUUAGCCGUAGUUUUUUACUCUUGACAUUAGCGCUUCAGUACAAGCGUUUCUUGGCCCUCGAGUACGUUUGAGGUCUUGAGCAACGUUAGCCAGAGAGGUCUUCAAAUGGUCUUAUCCCCGGUAGACCUUUCUCGACUCGCUCCAGAUCUUCGUGCGGGCGGAGAAACGCUCGUCCUGCUGCGGUACUAUUAAGGAACUGAUCGCGAGCAAUUCUAUUUUCCCUGCUAACAAGAGUCCUUGCCCUUAUCUUACCCAAGUCCACCUCCUUCAUUUUUUCACUUAUUUUUGUUUUUAUCUGUUUUUGUUUCGUUUUGUUUUUUUUUUUUACAGAAAGCUAUUACCCUAAAUUCAGAGACAGUGGUGUUAUUCAAACGCUGAUGAAACUCAUUAAAACGAAAGAGGUGAAUCCACAGUCAUGCUACAACGCCAUGGCUGUCUUGGAGUCGUUUUCACUUAAAGGUUCGCAAGAUGUGUUAUAUUACCCUACAAUGCAACAACCUUCGGUGCGUUUUCAAACGCAUCGUUUGGCCGAAAUAUUUGGAUUUCUUUUCUAGGCGCACUUAUGCUCCUUUUAGUUACGCCAAAGAAUGUUGAGAAUUUAGUUUGAAUUUUACUUUGUUUACCAAGAAGCUAAGUUUGCAAAGUCAACUAAAUCAACUUGUUUCUCUUACAGAGUACUUUCGACGAGAUCUGGAAAUAGCUGGAUUGAGCAAGGCGCUGGACAAUCUCACAGCUCACGAAAACGAGAAUGUAAAGAAGAGGGCUUUAAUCAUUCUGACAAGAAUUAAGGCUCAAAAGUUAGUGGAGCAGGAAUAAGGGACGUUCUGAGAUAAACUUCCUUUAAUUUAUGGAACGUGGGGCUUAAACUCAAAGCCUUGGACUGGUGGAUUGGAAUAGAGCGGCAAAAUUCAGCCUGUACUGCUUCGGGCCAGCCAAGAACGCUUAGCUUAGCCAUUCAAAGCUUUAGAAGUGCACCAUAUUUUUUUCGUACCCAGACUUACCACGGCCAAUCAGUUGUAAGAUCGGUUUCAGUCACACGGUAGGAACUGGGUACGAGAUUACACCAUAUCUAGAUUGUGUGUUUAAUGUGGAGAUCGAACACAGAGGGAAUUUUUAAAAUUUAAGAAAUGGACUUUUUUAACAAUUAAACCUAGUAAGUACCAAUGAAAAAUGUCGUUUUCGAAUAGAUAAAUUUUCUGUCAUACAAGUUCGAUGGAAUAGUUAAAAAAUAAUGAAUAAAAAGCUACGUUUCCUGCUUAUCGACUCCGUUAGGACUGGUGCCCACUUACAUGCAACAGCGAGCAGCUAGCGCGCGAUAUUCAGGAAACUGGGCCAAGAACACGCCUACAGAUAAACUCCUUUAAGAUAAGUCUUUUGAAACGAAAAAGCCGU